CCUUAGCAGAGACACAGCCAGGGUGUCAGUGUGGUUGCUGUGAGGAGAUUCUCAGUUCUGGUGAAAACACACUCUGCAGACAUGCCCAAGUGUCCCAAAUGUGACAAGGAGGUCUACUUCGCGGAGAGAGUGACAUCCCUGGGGAAGGACUGGCACAGACCCUGUCUCAAGUGUGAGAAGUGCAACAAGACCCUGUCUGCAGGUUCCCAUGCAGAGCAUGAUGGAAAACCCUACUGCAACAAUCCCUGCUAUUCUGCACUCUUCGGACCAAAAGGGUUUGGCCGUGGAGGAACCGAAAGCCACACAUUCAAGUAGAGCGUGACAAAGGUUGCCAUCAAGACAGAAGAAAUCCUUCUCAAGCAAGUGCAAACCUUAAGCAAAAAAUCAUGCUCUAGGAGUUCCAUUAUGUUAGAUGAAUGUACAAAAAUGGCCUGAAGUGUUUCCAAAUUGUGGUGGCUCUGACCCAGGCUCCUAAAUUUUAUAGUCAUGACUGAAUUCUUAUUUCAUGUCCUUAAUAAAGUAUAUUUGAAUUUUUCCUUU